UUUUUCAGGCCGGGGGUCUGCUGCGGCUUCACGGGACCCUUUUUACUCCAAACUUCAGGAAACGAGGAGAAAACUCCUCUUCUAGUUUCUGGUUUCCGGUCCGGAUCAGAGAUGUACCAGAGUCUGACCCAGACCCCCUACCCUCAUGACACCGGGAACUACAUCCACCCCCCGGCCAGCUCCCGGGUUUACGUCCCGACCACCCGAGUCCCCGCCAUGCUGCCCACCCUGCCCUACCUCCAGACCUGCGACUCCCCCCAUCAGAACCACGGCCUGGCCGGACCCGGCUGGACCCAGAGCGCCGCGGAGGGCUCGUCCUUCGGGCCCGGCAGCCCCCACGCCCCGCACGGCUUCUCCUACGCGCACAGCCCCCCCGGCAGCACCAGCGCGGGCCGGGACGCCUCCUUCCAGAGCCCCCUGGUCCUGGGGAGCGGGGGCCGCGCGGACCAGUACGGCGGGACUCUGAUGCGCCCCGUGGGGGGGUCGUACCCCAGCCCCUACGCCUACAUGAGUCCGGAAGUGGUCACGUCCUCCUGGACCCCCGGACCCUUCGAGGGCGGAGUGAUCAGUCUGCAGAACCGGCAGGGGGUUCUGUCCGGCAGGAGGUCCAGUCUGG